AUGAAGAGAAUGAUUAUUUUCUGCAUGCUUUUCUUCUGCUCCACUAUGGUGCUGACUGAAACUUCACCCAAAACACUAAAAUACAAACAGAUUCUCAAGAAAAUUGAACAGUUAGAAUCUAUGGUGAAAGAAAAGGAUGCUGAGUUGCUGCAUACACCAGAAAACCCUGUGGAAGGAUGCCUGAACACAACUGUGACCUGCUUCCAGAAGGGUCUCCAGAAAUUACAGCCAGCGAGCAGCCAAGAUAAUCCAAAGUUCACCAAAGCCAUUAGAAUUGUGAACGGAUUCACCUGCAAAGACUGUGGAACGGUAGGAUUUCCUCACAGUGCUUACAACUGUGAUCAUUGCUCCUUAUUUUCUAUAGCACAUGCCCCCUGCAAUGGGGGAAUUGUUGAAAACAAAUCCGUCAGAAAAAAGCAAUCUGCCUUUCAUUACUUUGGAAAUUAG